GACCAAGCAGAUUUGUGAGCCAGAUCUUAACGUUGAGCAGUUUAAUGGGAGCCAGCUACACCGUGCCAAAUAGCUGAAGGAAUCUUUUCAAAAUCCAUCUUCAUCCGUGGAAAUUUUAGGGGCACCGACUUUUAAAACAGCAAGAGCAUAAAGUACAGAGAUUAAACUUUCCUACAAACACCAUAUUGUCGCAAUAUGAUGUUUUUAAUGUUUUAAAAAAAGAGGCGAAAGAUUGUCGGAGCCGUCUUCAUCCGGAGACAGAAGAACAGAACUUCUCGGUUGAACGGAUCUCAGAGUUCGACUGGUUGAUUCUAUUCUGCUUGUACACAAGCUUGACGUGUAAAGCUGACCGUAUUUUGAAUAUUUUGGAGCUAGCGAGCGUGCCUGCUAGCCGACGACAGAUUUAGAAACAUGGAGUUGAGAGUCGGGAACCGAUACAGACUGGGCAGAAAAAUUGGAAGCGGGUCGUUUGGAGACAUCUACUUGGGUACCGACAUCUCUGUGGGAGAAGAGGUGGCCAUCAAGCUGGAAUGUGUGAAGACUAAACACCCACAGCUCCACAUCGAAAGCAAAAUCUACAAGAUGAUGCAAGGCGGAGUGGGGAUCCCAACAAUAAAGUGGUGCGGGGCUGAGGGCGACUACAACGUGAUGGUGAUGGAGCUUCUGGGGCCCAGUCUGGAGGACCUGUUCAAUUUCUGCUCUCGAAAGUUCAGCCUGAAGACGGUCCUUCUGCUUGCUGAUCAGAUGAUCAGCCGGAUUGAAUACAUCCACUCGAAGAACUUCAUCCACCGAGACGUGAAGCCAGACAACUUUCUGAUGGGGCUGGGCAAGAAGGGCAACCUGGUGUACAUCAUUGACUUUGGCCUGGCUAAGAAAUACCGUGACGCUCGCACACACCAGCACAUCCCCUACCGUGAAAACAAGAACCUGACUGGCACGGCCCGCUAUGCCUCCAUAAACACACAUCUUGGCAUCGAGCAAUCCAGACGGGAUGACUUGGAGUCGCUGGGCUACGUCCUCAUGUAUUUUAACCUGGGUUCCCUUCCCUGGCAAGGCCUCAAAGCUGCCACCAAGAGGCAGAAGUACGAACGCAUCAGUGAGAAGAAAAUGUCCACCCCCAUCGAGGUCCUGUGUAAAGGCUACCCCUCCGAGUUUGCUACAUACCUGAACUUUUGCCGCUCUCUCCGGUUUGAUGAUAAACCCGACUACUCGUACCUGCGCCAGCUCUUCAGGAACCUCUUCCACCGACAGGGCUUCUCCUACGACUACGUCUUUGACUGGAACAUGCUCAAAUUUGGUGCCAACAGAGCUGUGGAGGAUGCAGAGAGGGAGCGUCGGGAGCGGGAGGAGAGACUGAGGCACAGCAGAAAUCCUGGAGCCAGAGGCAUGGCUUCUGCUUCAGGCAGAGCUAGGGCACCUCAGGACACGGCAGCCCCCUCCCCACUCAACCCUGCUUCACACACAGGAAUGGAGAAGGAGAGGAAGGUGAGCAUGCGUCUUCAUCGUGGAGCACCUGUCAACAUCUCCUCCUCAGAUCUGACAGGACGUCAGGACACCUCUCGCAUGUCCACCUCACAGGCCCUGUCCCGGGUUACACCAAGCGGCCUCCAGUCUGCAGCUCCUCGGUGAAAUCUUCCUCUCUGCACAUCCACUGAGGACGCCUCAACAUGCAUCCCCUGCAGCACACGCACUCUCUCACACACAUAUUCAUAAAGAUUAGCUGGACUCUCAGAUGACACCGAGAACCGCUCGCCAGUGCACCACAGUCUGCCUGUACAUCUAUUCACUUAAUAUGAGAAGAGAUGCACAGUCAGCAGGUUGUGUACGUGUCUGUGUGUGAGAGGGAGAGAGAGAUGGGCAGGUGGAGACCUGUUUGGUUGCCUUAACAACCAUCUUGGUAAAGUAGAAGCAACAGCAGCCCCUCUUCCUCACUCAAGGAAGAUGUAAAAACUCCUCCCUGCUGUUGAUGAAGCCAUUGAUUCACUUUUCUCUGGCAUCUUUUUUUUUUUUUCCUCCCAACUUUUGAUUUUAUUUGUUUUUAAUCUUUUUUUUUUAGCAUAAAAACAUCUCCUUCACCAGCUGAUCAGCAUGAAAAUGGAGAAUGUGUUGUCUGUUAAAUGUUAAUUUGUUGGAUUUCCUUUGAUAAGAGUCAGAUGGAGAAUGAAUCCAUCAUGGCGGUUUUUGAGCACAGUGCCUAAACUCUGUGUAUUCUAUAAAAUACUUCAUACCCGCCGUCAACACCUGCUUAUUUUGUUCUUUUCAGGUGUAUGACGAGUCAAGGUAGGGUAACAUGUGGAUGUCUGAGUUGUUUCUGUCCAUGUCCUCAGGUUUGCUGGAAUCAGGACGAUGUUGUAAUAUCAUAAAGGCGCAGCACAUUUAGUUUGUCUUCAGGUUGUCUGCUGUGGGAAAAGCUGUGAAUGGAAGAGUGAGUCAGGAGCUCAGUCUGUCCACACCAAACUUCUGAUGUUUUCCUUUUCACUCAGUGCAUAGUGAUGUGGCUUUUGUGUGUAUUUGUGUGGUUUUGUCCUAGGGGUUUCCAAGCUCACAUGUGGGGGAUAACCUUGUUCAUUUCUUUUUAUAUAUAUAAAUAUAUAUAUAGAAAAGUAAACCUUUUGUAAGCUUUUAAGUCCACAGCAUCUUUAGCCUCAUCCUUAGACCUGUGUCCCUCUGCUUCCACUGAGUAAAACACCUUUUCUUUCUCCAAAGCACAACUUGUCCAUUUUCUAGAUAAACUUCAGCAUCAGAGGAGGUUUGGAAGUGAUUUCAGGAUAUUGCACGUUUUUUCACUCGUAUAGCUAAAGUCAUAAAUGUCAUUAAUGUUGUGAUGAGUGUUGAUGAAUGCGUGGCUGGGACAGUGUGAGAGCUGACAAACUCUGUUCUCAGGACUUAGUGGACGAACCGAUUCUAGAUGCUUGUUAACAACUAAAUAGUUUGGCUUUAAAAGGACAUUCUUGUAGAAAGGACAUUUGGAGUCUGGGACAGUUCUAAUAACAACCAAGGGCUUAAUGAUUAUCACAAAGAACCCCUUAAAUCCUUUAAAGUCAACUUUGAACAGACAGGCUGAACAUCGGAAAUCUCCCACCUGCUACUGACUUCAAAGCUUUUCCAGUACUGUGGUGAUCUAGUUUAAAAUUCUGUUACGGCUCACGCCUUCCUGUUUAGAUAGAAAAUGGACAUGCUUUGUUUAAAGCCCGGCAUUACGGAAGCAAAGGAGGUUUUUAGGAGCUGUGGAUUGAGUGUUGCGUAGUGAAAGGUGGUCAUGGCUGAGUCUCCAGCUGGAGCGCCAAGCUUUGGUGCUCCUGGUGAUCUGAUCUGCAACCUGCCGAUUUUAAAGUAGGAAUUCCUUGAUGUGAUAGACCGAUACAAAGUAUUUGUAGGCCAUUUUCUGUAGAUGCGGGAAUGGGUUGUAGUUGUAACUUGUACAUGUUCCUUCUGUUGUGUAUAGGAUAUGCCUGUUUACCACGUCCUACUGAGCUGCUGUAGGCUUGUGGACGAGUUGUUCAUAGAGGGACUGGGAAUGCUUCACUCCAUUAGGGUUCCUGCAACCACCUUUUUCUUUCACUAUAUGUUUCACUUUGUGGACUUGAAAACAAAUUGAUAGAAUAACUUGUAUGUCUCACAGAGGAUGGUUAUGACUAAUGCAAGUACAUGUUUCCAUGGAAUAGUUUUCUGUGGCGUCUGCCUCUGGCAGGAAGCUUCUUAUUUUGUCACCAACUGUCCAAUAAAGGUUCUAGGUGUACUGGAUCCAGGUCCCACGCUGUAUCUUAUACUGUAGAAUCAUGGGAAUCUCUUCUGUUUUUCCACACUUUCACUCCCAUCUUAAUAUUUUGCUCUUCAGUUGUAAUGCCACUGUAUUUGUGUAUUUUAAAAUUGUGUAAAUAAAUUAAAAAGUACUUGUAUGUGUGCA